GGAGGGGAGAGAAGGAGCUGGACGUGGGCACAGCAGCUUCCAUUCAGUCAGAGUUGGUGGAUUUCUGGCGAAUAACCCUUGCAUGCUACAGAAGAAUAAUAGAUAAAAAAAGAUAAAAGGAAGGGCGACAUAUCAGAGCAGUAAUGCCGUUGGUCAACAUGGCAGCAGUGCGGCUUCCAAGGGCGGCAGAGGAAGAGGAAAGGGAGCCGCGGCCUCCCCCGCCACCCCCAUCCCACCGAUCCAACCACCAGUUUGCCAGCAUGAAGAACAAGUUCUUCAAUGAGCUCACACACCUGCCAAAUCAUAAACUCAAGAUGCCCAUGUGGGCUGUUGGUGCCAUCGUGGUUGUGGUCCUUGCCCUUGUCGCCUGCCUGGGAUUCUGCAUCUACAAGAAAUGUUUCAAUAAGGGCAAGAAGGCAAAGAAAGCUCGCGAGAGGAAAGGUGGAGGAGGGAGGGGGCGGAGAAAGAAGGAUAAGGAGGGAGAGGAGGGAGAUGAGAAAAAGGAUGGAGAGGAAGAGAAGGAAGAGGAGAAGGAGUUUUUAGGCAAACUGGAGUACACGUUGGAUUAUAACUUUACUGAUAAUCAGUUGAUAGUUGGCAUACUCCAAGCUCAGGACCUUCCAGCGAUGGACAUGGGCGGAACCUCUGACCCUUACGUUAAAGUCUACAUGCUGCCAGACAAGAAAAAGAAGUUUGAGACCAAAGUUCAGCGCAAGAACCUCUGUCCUGUCUUUAAUGAGACUUUUACGUUUAAGAUCCCUUAUAGUGAGCUGGGUGGUCAAAUUCUGGUGUUGCAAGUUUUUGAUUUUGACCGUUUUGGAAAACAUGAUGUAAUCGGUGAAAUCAAGAUCCCAAUGAACAGCAUAGACCUUGGACAACCAAUACAUGAAUGGAAGGAUCUAGUUGGUGGAGAAAAAGAGGAGCAAGAGAAGCUGGGUGAUAUCUGCAUUUCCCUUCGUUAUGUUCCCACGGCCGGUAAGCUAACAGUAAACAUCAUGGAAGCAAAGAACCUGAAAAAAAUGGACGUCGGAGGGCUGUCAGAUCCCUUUGUCAAGGUGGUUCUGCAACACAAUGGCAAGCGAAUCAAGAAAAAGAAGACGUCUGUGAAGCAAAACACUCUUAAUCCUUACUUCAAUGAGAGCUUUAGCUUUGAGAUUCCCUUCUCUCAAAUACAGAAACUCCAGGUGCUGAUCACUGUGUACGACUACGACAAACUGGGCAGCAACGAUCCCAUCGGGAAGUGCUGGAUCGGCUAUGGCGCCUCAGGCGUCGGGCUGCGCCACUGGUCAGACAUGCUGGCCAAUCCCAGACGUCCUGUGGCCCAGUGGCACACACUGCUGCCUGAGGAGGAGGUGGAUGCUGCUCUGAAGGCCCCCAUCCGCUAACAUGACCCAUAUGUACUCACAUAAAGUACAUACUGUAUGUGACAAUAUUAUCUGCAAAGGAGGUCUUCAAGGUGUCAUUUUGCAGGAACUAUUGUUUUAUUUGUGAUAUUUUUCACUGGCAUCUGUAAUAGUUUACUUUAUUUAUUUCUGCAUAAAUUAUUGGGUGCAUAACAUUAGUUAGAACAAAACAGCAGAUCAGUGCAUACAGUAUACAUGCUUACUAGUAAAGGAAUUCAAGAUGCACAUUAUUGGGAAAUAUUUUUUUGUAAUUAAUAAUGAAAUCCCACAGUUCCAUCUUGAUAUUGUUCUUUCCUGUUUAAUGUGAGUAAAUUGUGCCAUGCUGUUGUCACGUGGUCUAUUAGCAUCAAAAUACUCUAUUAUGUAUUAUAUGCUUUAAAAAAGAGAUGGGAGAUUUACUUAA